CCAAAACAGAAAGUCCAACAAAAAAGAUACAAAGAAAAAGAGUAGAAGAAGAAGAAGAAGAAGAAGAAUGAAGCUUACACAUACCUUCUCGUUUCUUCUCUUUCUUCUUCUUCUUGUCCACACGAGCUCGAAACCCACUCUUGCUUCUAAAGAUUCAUCUUCAUAUGUGGUGUACUUUGGAGCUCACUCUCAUGUCGGAGAGAUAACAAAAGAUGCCAUGGAUCGCGUCAAAGAAACCCACUACGACUUUCUUGGUUCCUUCAUUGGAAGCCGUGAGAUUGCCACAGACGCCAUUUUCUACUCAUACACAAAGCACAUCAACGGAUUCGCUGCUCAUCUUGACCAUGACCUUGCAUAUGCAAUCUCCAAACAUAACUCUUACGUUCCUUCCUCUUCCAUUUGGAGAAAAGCUAGAUUCGGAGAAGAUACCAUUAUCGCAAAUCUCGAUACGGGUGUGUGGCCAGAAUCAAAGAGCUUUAGAGAUGAAGGCUUGGGACCAAUUCCUUCAAGAUGGAAGGGAAUAUGUCAAAACCAAAAAGAUGCCACUUUCCAUUGCAAUAGGAAACUGAUCGGAGCAAGGUACUUUCACAAGGGCUACGCAGCCGCCGUAGGACCUCUAAACUCAACCUUCGAGUCUCCACGUGAUCUCGACGGCCAUGGCUCCCACACUCUCUCCACCGCCGCCGGAGAUUUCGUCCCUGGAGUCAGCAUCUUCGGCCAAGGCAACGGCACGGCCAAAGGUGGCUCUCCUCGCGCCAGAGUAGCCGCAUACAAAAUCACCGUUGGUGCUAGCACCAUGGACCGUGAGUUUGCUAGCAACCUUGUUCUCGGUAAUGGAAAACAUUACAAGGGACAAAGUUUGUCAUCCACAGCAUUACCACAUGCUAAGUUCUAUCCAAUCAUGGCAUCUGUAAAUGCAAAAGCUAAGAACGCUUCAGCUUUGGAUGCACAAUUGUGCAAACUUGGAUCGCUUGACCCUAUAAAGGCAAAGGGGAAGAUAUUAGUGUGUCUCAGAGGACAGAACCCGAGGGUGGAAAAGGGUCGGGUCGUGGCUUUAGCUGGUGGCGUUGGGAUGGUUCUUGAGAAUACUAAUGUCACCGGGAAUGAUCUAACCGCUGAUCCGCAUGUCCUCCCAGCCACACAGCUCACUUCUAAGGAUAGUUUUGCUGUGUCAAGAUAUAUAAGCCAAACCAAGAAGCCGAUUGCGCACAUUACUCCUUCUAGGACAGAUUUGGGAUUAAAACCAGCGCCUGUAAUGGCUUCGUUUUCUUCUAAAGGUCCAAGCACAGUGGCUCCUCAGAUUCUGAAGCCUGACAUAACUGCUCCUGGUGUGAGUGUGAUCGCUGCCUACACUGCCGCAGUAUCUCCAACAGACCAACAGUUUGAUCCUCGACGACUUCUGUUCAAUGCUAUUUCAGGAACCUCCAUGUCUUGUCCUCAUAUCUCUGGCAUUGCCGGCCUUCUCAAAACCCGUUAUCCUUCUUGGAGCCCCGCAGCUAUCCGCUCUGCCAUCAUGACUACCGCAACAACAAUGGAUGACAUUCCUGGACCUAUCCAAAAUGCAACCAACAUGAAGGCAACGCCUUUCAGUUUUGGGGCAGGGCACGUCCAACCAAAUCUAGCUGUGAAUCCCGGUCUCAUAUACGAUUUAGGCAUCAAGGAUUACCUCAACUUCUUAUGCUCACUUAGAUACAAUGCAUCACAAAUCUCUGUCUUCUCGGGAAAUAACUUUACUUGUUCAAGCCCCAAAACCAGUCUUGUUAACCUCAACUAUCCUUCCAUCACAGUUCCAAACUUGUCAUCAAACAAAGUCACCGUCUCAAGGACCGUUAAAAACGUUGGACGACCUUCGACUUAUACUGUCCGGGUGGCUAACCCACAAGGUGUUUAUGUCACGGUGAAGCCCACGAGCUUGAAUUUUACCAAAGUUGGAGAGCAAAAGACAUUUAAAGUGAUCCUUGUGAAAAGUAAGGGAAAUGUGGCUAAGGGCUAUGUGUUUGGAGAAUUGGUUUGGUCAGACAAGAAGCAUCGUGUGAGAAGUCCCAUUGUGGUGAAGCUCUAAAUUUGAUUUUUAGUGCCAAUGACGAUAUUUGUUUUACGAAAUUUAGUUGCCUAUGUUUGAAUUUAAGGCUUACAAAGAAUGGUGUAAUGUUGUGCUGAUCACAUCAAAUAAUAACUAAAUUAUGAC